AUGUCGAUGAGUUGCAGCAUAUUGCAUAAGCACACACCACACAAUUCAGCAAAGCAAAGCCAAGCUUCGCCACCUUCCGCCAUGGCAUUAUCCAUUGCCAUCACCUUAACCAACUCGACCGCCACUGCUUUCACACUUUUACUUCUCUUCUGCAGCUCUUACACCUUUAAGGCUGAGAUCUUCGUAGAGCGGGAUUCAGGAAACAUAACAGAGUCUGACGUUCAUCUUUUAGAAUUCCCUUUAAAUUUAGAAUACUUGGAAGCUGAGUUUUUCUUAUUUGGUGCACUGGGACGUGGCUUGGAAAGCGUGGACCCCAAUCUCACCGGGGGUGGUCCGCGGCCCAUCGGGGCUAGGACUGCCCUACUGAGCUCUAUCAUAAGAAAUAUUAUAUCACAAUUUGCAUUUCAAGAAGUUGGACAUUUGAGGGCAAUUAAGAGUGCUGUCCCCGGAUUUCCCAGGCCACUGCUGAAUUUAAGCGCAGAAUCAUUUGCAACUAUCAUGAACAAUGCAUUUGGACGACCUUUAAGGCCUCCUUUCAAUCCUUAUGCCAAUGACAUCAACUAUCUUCUUGCAUCCUACGUCAUCCCUUACGUUGGUCUCACCGGAUAUGUCGGGACAAAUCCAAACCUCCAGAGCUCUAAAGCCAAAAGACUACUCGCGGGGCUUUUGGGCGUGGAAGCAGGCCAAGACGCGGUCAUAAGAACGCUGCUUUUUGAGCGGUCGUUGGAGAUCGUGGUGCCAUAUGGAAUAACAGUGGCCGAAUUCACUAAUCGGAUAUCGAACCUGAGAAAUAAGCUUGGUGAUGCAGGCGUGAAAGAUGAAGGGCUUAUAGUCAAUCCAUCACAAGGUGCUGAAGGUAGAAUUGCUGGCAAUGUGCUUGUUGGGAACCAAUUCUCCAUUUCAUAUGGCAGAACACCAGAGGAAAUACUCAGAAUUGUGUAUGGAAGUGGAAAUGAAAGUAACCCUGGUGGAUUCUACCCCAAUGGAGCUGAUGGUAAAAUAGCCAAAUCAUAUUUGGCAGUAUAG